AACAGCCAUUCUCCAAGGCCACUAAUUGGAGUCACAAGAAGCUACAGCUGUGAACAGUAGGCGGUGACCUCAGCAGUGUCAUAGGGAUUUUCAGCAAUACUUUUUUAAUGUCUGUUGACUUGCGACUCUUAAAUAUAAUGAGCAAAACUGAACACAAGUUGCUUGUAAUAAUAUAUUUUUCCCAGAGAGGUCUCUAUAUCCACAAUCUUCUUCACUGCUGAUACAAAUGGUAAAGUAUUGGGGCUGUGCUUAAUUUACACUCCUAAACAAUCCCUAACCCUUUUUUUCCCACAAGAGAAUAUAAUCCAGUGACUGAAAACUGCCUUGAUUCUGAGCCAGUAGAGGAUCUGCACAGGGCAAAUCCUACACUGAACAGUGAUAAGGUAAAGUAAGAUAAAAUGUCAUGGAAGUCCAACAGCAGAUUACCAAAGUGAUGACAACCUACAGUUCAAGCACCUGGAGCACAGGCCUAUUUGACUGCUCAUCUGACAUGAAUACCUGUUGCUGUGGUCUGUGGUGUUUGCCGUGUUUGCAGUGUCAGACUGCUUCUGAUUUUGGUUGGUGUUUCUGCAUGCCCCUGCUGGACUGCUGUCUGGCCGUCUCUUGCUGCCUUCGCAGCAAAAUGAGGGAGCGCUAUAACAUUGAAGGCUCUGGCAUUAAAGACUUCUUCACUGUGCUUUGCUGUUACCCCUGUGCCUGGUGCCAGAUGUCACGCGAGUUAAAGAAACAUGGCUAGCAGUUUUUUGUGGAAAUUGCCCUUUAGCUUUUUUAAGUUUCAAAAUGUCAAAUGUUCAAAACUUUAGAUUAAAAAGGGCUUUUUUUAAAAAGUGUAUCAGCAUAUAGCAUUUUUUUCCCUCUUUGAUUGUUGUCCUACAUUUUCUUUCUCUCUCAUACAUUUUAUAUAUAACUUGAAUUUCUAUGAAAGGAGAUCAAUAAAGGUCCUAGCUAUGGUGAA